UUUACUAAGUUGUCCCAAACAUACCGGGUGUUUUUCCAGUAAAUAAUUAAAAAAUAAGAUGGGAUGGAAGAGAUGGAUGGCGGGUUUUCUAGGGUUUGGAAAUCACGAAAGUAACCACAAUGAUAAUCAUAUUCAUAACGAUCCCAACAAUAAUUCAGAUAUCGAUCAUCAUCAACAACAAGAAGAAGAAUUAGAAGAAGAAGUUAAUCAUAAUUAUAAUAAUAAUGCGAGUAAUUAUAUAAAAAGUAAUCGUAAAGGAUUUAGUGUACCUGUUCAACAAAUUGGCCCUGUUUUUCUCCCUUGUCGUCCUGGUGAUGGCGGUCUUCAGGGUCUAGGAUGGUACACAAAACGUCUCAGGGUCGAUGAAGAUGGAGAUGUUGCAGAGGAGUUUUUUGACGAGGUAUUCGCGGAAACAACAUCUAGUACAGAAGCACAUCACAAACAUUAUCCCAAAUUUGAAGUGAAGGUAAACACUAAAUCUGCAAAAGCAAGAAACCCAGUUUUGUCACGUGAGGGAACAAUCCAGCAGGUUGUGGAAUACAGAGGUCGGUUCUUGCUGGUCUGAAAGUCAUACUGCUGUUUGCAAACCCAUGGAAGGUUAUUGACUAGGGUUAUGUUUAGAAGUAGAAUUGUAUAUCAGCUGGAAUUUAAUGAAUUUAUAUGUUUUAAAUCAAGAAUUCUCCGUUGCUUAA